GCGUGAAGGGACGCGCGGCGCCUCCAACUCCGAGCGGCACCGCGGGACUCCUUCACGCGCCUUUCAUCAGCACAUACUGGAGACCUGCCGUAACGCACGCGAUGGGGCACAUUCCUCGCAAGCAUGGGCCAAGACAAUGAGACUGCGCGCCCGUGGGCGAACGGUUACUCCUGGGGUGACGGAGAAACCGGAGGAAACGCCAAUGCGUCCGGAUUUAACCACACCGAACCUCACGAGCUCCGGCUCUCUCGUGCGGUGCCUCUCGGGCUGGUACUGGGCACUUUUAUCGUUUUCGCUGUGGUUGGAAACAUCUUGGUCAUCUUGUCAGUUGUGUGCAACAAACGCCUCCGAAGCCCGACCAACUACUUCAUCGUCAACUUGGCGCUCGCGGACCUGUUGCUCAGCACCACCGUGCUGCCGGUGUCGGCCACGCUGGAGGUUCUGGACUACUGGCUGUUCGGCAGGAUUUUCUGCGACGUCUGGGCUGCGCUCGACGUGCUCUGCUGCACGGCGUCUAUCAUGAGCCUGUGCGUAAUAUCCAUCGACCGCUACAUCGGGGUCAGCCACCCGCUGGUGUACCCGUGCAUCGUGACGGAGCGCAAGGCGCUGCUGGCCCUGCUCGCGGUUUGGGUCAUAUCUGUUACCAUCUCCAUCGGUCCGCUGUUUGGGUGGAAGCAGCCGCAGUCCCCGGACAGCACGGUGUGCGUCAUCACCCAGGAGCCGUUUUACGCGCUCUUCUCUUCGCUCGGCUCCUUCUACAUCCCCCUGGUCGUCAUUCUUAUCAUGUACUGCCGCGUGUAUAUAGUGGCGAAACAGACCACCAGAAAUCUGGAGGCCGGGGUCAAAAAGGAAAGGCUAACUACGGGUGAGGUGACCCUGCGCAUUCACAAAGGCUCGCAGAUGCAGGACGGGACCCGUAGCCAGCACACCAGGAGCUCGCUCACCGUCAAACUCCUCAAAUUCUCCCGGGAGAAGAAAGCCGCUAAAACGCUGGGCGUCGUGGUGGGCUUGUUCGUGUUGUGCUGGCUGCCGUUCUUCCUCACCCUGCCAAUCGUUUCAUUCAACGUGGACCUGCGUCCUCCUGACACCCUCUUCAAAGUCAUCUUCUGGCUGGGCUACUUCAACAGCUGUUUGAACCCCGUCAUCUACCCCUGCUACAGCCGAGAGUUCAAACUGGCUUUCAUGCGUAUCCUGCACUGCCGCUGGGGUCAGCAGCCACGAGGCGUUUACAGCUACCACAGCCCCUACUCCCUUCAGUCCCGUAAAGACUCCAAGGACUCGGUGGACAACUACGGUGGUUACCUGAACGGGAGCCAGAGGACCCUGUCCACCGCUAGCCCCUGCCCCAGCCCUGCCUACCACACCAAGUGCCCUCCUCCCCUCUCCGAACACGGAGGCCCGCAUGCCUGGUGCUGUCACACCUCUGCUGUACCUGAGGGAAUCACAGAGCAUCCCCUCGAGGCCGUCAGAGAGGAUCCAGUACAGGGCCUCAGCUAUCUAACACAGAGCAGCUCGGACGCUUGUCCGUAGGGGUGUGGGGGAGAGACCAGCUGGAACGUCGAGGAGGUAGAAGACAACCCAUGUGGCUUUGGGGGAUUUUGGCAGGUGCAUAGAUUCUAAAUGUUAUGGUGCGAUUCCGUGGACUGAGCAUGCAGACAUCAGUCUAUAUCUUGACACUACUGAGUUUAUUAAAAUGUCUUCCCCUGUUGUUUUGUGGUCAAAAAUGAAAGAUGACCAUUUUCAUUCAAGCAGAGUUUAGUAAAUGUUGACUGCCAACCUGAAUCUAAUGUAAAUUUAAAAUGUAAACCUUUGCUGAUUAUAUCGGUUGCCUAUUACUGAGAGGAAUCGUAGUUUAUUGUAUAACAGUAACAUUUGAAAAAUUAUUAAAUAUCAAAGCAUUGCCUUACACAUCUAAAUUAUAUUGUGUGUAUGUAAUCACAAGAUUUUUAAGGAUUUAAUAAUGCAUGACAAAGAACAUAGCCUUUAAUCCAUAAGCCAAAAGAGUAAUACACACCUAGUAUUGGUUUAUGUAAGCAAUCUAAUGCAUCUGAAGGAACUACAGAGAAUUUGACUUCUGUUAGUGACACACCCAACUACAGAUGAAUGUCAGAAUUAAACUUUGCCCUUUUGAGAAUAA